AUGGCCGGUAUCGAUGCCCUCCUUAUUGCCCAGGACGAGAACGGUUUUGAGGACGUCAUUCCUACAAAUGCCGCCAGUCGGGAUCCCGAGGCUCUGAAGCGACAGUUGGAAGACAAGUUUCUCACCCCAUCGCGACAGUUCUCAACCGAGUGGCUCAAUCGUCUGCAGCAGCGAUGGGAUUUCGAGACAGAUUAUACGUCCUUAUUCAAGAUUGCCCCCCCUCAGACGCGGACGGUGACAAGAUUUCUCCGUCGUGGUCUGGAGGGUAGAGUAACGGGGUACAAAAGCGUGACGGUUUCUUCAAACAGUGCCACAGCCAAGAACUCGACCAGUCUGCUUCGAAAACCGGCAAACCGGGCUGACUUUGUCCGGGGAGCCGCUGGGUUCUUUCCUUUCGCUCCCGGGGGACUCGAUGGCAUUGAAGCCACUGCGGCAUUGGAGGAUCAAAUCCAUACUGGAAACGCCGCCGACGGAGGAUCACGGUCGAACAAGCUCGACCGAGUGAUUCAGCUAGGAGAGGGUGGACUACUUCAGGUUGCCCCAGGACUGCAUCGUGGCAUCGACUUUGGCAAGAAAAAGAGUGCAACCGAUCAGGAAGCGGCCGCUGCUGUAAAUGAGGCUUUGGAGGAAGAACCUGAAGACGCUGGAGCUAUUCAUGACGACAAGGUUGAAGGCGCAUCACCUGGCGAGAUAUCAGAGGAAGCUUCGGAUGGAGAAGACGAGAAGGAAGAUGAUAUUGACGAUAUUUUACCCGUCGAGUUCCCUUCUUUGGAACCACAUGGCGUGCUCGCUUCAUCAAGUGCUCGCAAGGCCGGCCGCGAAUGGGCGCACAUGGUGGACAUUAGACAAGGCAUGCCAAAUUUCCGAGAACUGGUGCCCGAUAUGGCGCGAGAGUGGCCUUUUGAGCUGGACACGUUUCAAAAGGAAGCCGUUUACCAUCUGGAAAACGGGGACUCGGUAUUCGUAGCAGCCCAUACGUCGGCCGGCAAAACAGUUGUCGCUGAGUAUGCCAUUGCCUUGGCCGCUAAACACAUGACCAAGGCGAUUUACACAUCUCCUAUCAAGGCGCUGAGCAAUCAAAAGUUUCGCGAUUUCCGACAAACAUUUGACGAGGUUGGUAUCCUCACAGGCGAUGUGCAGAUCAACCCCGAGGCUAGCUGCCUGAUCAUGACGACGGAAAUUCUACGAAGCAUGCUGUACCGCGGAGCUGACCUGAUACGUGACGUGGAGUUUGUCAUUUUCGACGAAGUUCACUACGUCAAUGACUUUGAGCGAGGCGUGGUUUGGGAGGAAGUGAUCAUCAUGCUUCCUGAGCACGUUUCCCUCAUUCUCCUGUCGGCCACCGUUCCGAAUACCCACGAAUUCGCCUCUUGGGUUGGCCGCACGAAACAAAAGGAUAUCUACGUCAUCUCGACUUCAAAGCGGCCCGUUCCCCUGGAACACUACAUCUGGGCCGGCAAGGAUACACACAAAAUCGUCGACUCGGACAAGAAAUUCAUCGAAAAGGGUUGGAAAGACGCACACGCGGCAGCCCAGCGUAAAGAGAAACAAGCUGCUCCUUCUCAAACCACGGUGGCUACUCGAGGUGGGAAUCCUCGGGGCGGGCAACGGGGCGGUCCGCAAAGAGGCGGUCCUCAACCACGAGGCGGAAGAGGAGGCGGCCAGCAACGUGGUGGCCACCAGCAGAGAGGACGUGGGGGGCCACCGCGUGCUAGUCAUGCUCCCGGUCAUAUGGGCCGUGGAGGUCGAGCUGGCGGAAUGACUUCUGCUGCUCAAGACAAGAAUCUUUGGGUGCAUCUCGUCCAGUUCCUCAAAAAGAAAGCCCUGCUGCCGGCCUGCAUCUUUGUCUUUUCCAAGAAACGGUGCGAGGAAAAUGCAGAUGCGCUGAGCAAUCAGGACUUUUGCACGGCUCAAGAGAAGAGUCAUAUUCACAUGAUCAUAGAAAAUUCCGUUGCAAGAUUAAAACCAGAAGACAGAGUACUGCCUCAGAUCAUCAGGUUGAGAGAAUUGCUUGGUAGGGGCAUUGCGGUCCACCAUGGCGGACUGCUACCGAUUGUCAAGGAGUUGGUGGAGAUACUUUUCGCCCAAACGCUUGUCAAAGUGCUCUUUGCGACGGAGACUUUUGCCAUGGGAUUGAACCUACCGACGAGAACCGUCGUUUUCUCGGGAUACCGGAAGCAUGACGGACACUCGUUUAGAAACCUACUUCCCGGCGAGUAUACCCAAAUGGCCGGUCGAGCCGGUCGCCGCGGUCUCGACACCGUAGGAUCCGUCAUCAUCGUGCCCCCGGGAGGCUCAGAUGACGUUCCUCCCGUGGCAGAGCUGCGCAGCAUGAUUUUAGGAGAACCAUCCAAGCUGAGGUCGCAGUUUCGGCUCACGUACAACAUGAUUCUCAACUUACUUCGGGUGGAGGCGUUGAAGAUCGAGGAAAUGAUUAAGCGCAGUUUCUCAGAGCACGCCACCCAGCAGUUGCUGCCGGAGCAUGAAAAGGACGUCAAGCUCGCGCAGGCCGAUCUUGCCAAAGUCAAAAGGGAGGCGUGCAAAGUAUGCGACGCCGCCAUGGAUGAGUGCCACCAGGCUGCUCAAGACUUCAAGCAACUCACCCUGGAGUUGUACAAGGGACUACUCCGCAUCACCUUUGGACGCAGGAUGUUUAUGCCGCAGAGAUUGAUUGUAUUCAAUCUCGAGGGCAUCCGCACAGCGGGUAUUCUGAUGUCGGAAGGCAUGAGCCCGAGGGGCUCUUUUGAAGAGCCCAUUCUGCACGUUUGUGCAAUCAAACCUCCGAGAGAGCGACGAGACGCCACCGACCAGCUUCCCUUUAUCCCUUCAUUUCGCAAGUACUUGUAUAAGCUUGCGCAGGGCAAGCGAGGCUUGCAGAUUAAGCCUCUGCAAAUUCCUCUUGCCGACGUGGAAUGCUUGACGAAAUGGGUUCUGAAGGGCACGAUUCCUGAGAUCUUCAAGGGUGGUAACGCUGGCCAACAAGCCAUGGAGCGACUUCAGGAAAUUUGCUCUGGCUGGGAUGAUCGGUGGGAUGAGGUUGAGAUGACCAAGAUCAAAAGCUUGGCGUUGCAGGAGAUUGUGGAAAAGAGGAUGCAAUUGGUAAAGAUUAUUUCCAGCUCGCCCGUCACAAAGUGCCCCAGCUUUUUGAAACAUUUUGCCAUGUGUCACGACGAAUGGCUCAUCAAAGAACACAUCUCUCAACUCAAACAGUCCCUAUCCGACCAAAAUCUCCAACUCCUCCCGGACUACGAGCAGCGCGUCCAAGUGCUCAAAGAGCUGGACUUUAUCGAUGACGCCACGCGCAUCCAGCUCAAGGGCAAGGUGGCCUGUGAGGUGCACUCGGGCGACGAACUCGUCCUCACCGAGCUCAUUCUCGACAACGUGCUCGCCCAGUUUGAGCCUGCCGAAAUCGCGGCCCUCCUUUCGGCAUUUGUCUUCCAAGAAAAGACGCUGGUGGAGCCAACCUUGACAGGCAACCUUGAGCACGGGCGCGACACGAUUAUUGCCAUUUCGGAAAAGAUCAACGACGUGCAGACGAGGCUGCAGGUGAUUCAGUCGGCAGACGACUCCAACGACUUCACCUCCCGCCCGAGAUUCGGCCUCAUGGAAGUAGUGUACGAGUGGGCUCGAGGCAUGAGCUUCAAGAACAUUACCGCACUGACGGAUGUGCUGGAGGGCACGAUUGUGAGGACAAUCACGAGGCUGGACGAGACGUGUAGAGAGGUGAAGAAUGCGGCGAGGAUUGUGGGCGAUCCCGAGCUGUACCAGAAGAUGCAGGAGGCGCAGGAGCUCAUCAAGAGGGACAUUACGGCCGUGGCAAGUCUAUACAUGUAA